UGCCAUUGGAUGCACGCGCCAUUUUGCAUUAUUUAAAUGAAUUGGGCUACCGAAAUAUAUCGGCCGAACAACUCAAAGAAUUUCUGAAAGCCAUAUUGGGCCUAAAGGUAUGCAACCGCAAUCGGAAAUUAUCAAAAAAGGCAAAUUUAAGACACAACAUCAGCGGCAAACUCAACAAUUGCCAACAACACCCACUUCAAGGAAUUUAUCAACAGCAGCAUCAGCAUCAAAAGUAUCGGCAAGCGCAAUUUCUGGAGCAGCAGGCGCCUCUGUCUCAGCCUCAACAAAGAUUGCACCGGAUUCGCAUAAGCGCAAUGGCCCAAGUGUCAAAGUAAUUAAAUGCAAAAAACCACUCUGCCAUUUUAAAUUUUACUUAGAUAUAUGCGAUCAUCAGCUCACAAAACGUAUAGAGGAACAUAUUAAACUUUUGGGAGGAUCUUUGGAAUUCUUCUUAACUCCAAGUGUUACACACUUUGUGACCGAUAAGCCAGUUGCUACGGCAGCCGCAGCUGUAAACUACAAUAACAGCACAAGUUGCCCAGGAACACCACAAACGCCACAGACUCCACAGACGCCGCAGACUCCUUAUUCGGUGGAAAGCUUUGAGGUCUCAAGAACUAAUAAUGGCACUGCGGCAAUUGUAUCGAAAAAGCCCAUACGCAAUUCCAGAGCCGAUGCUAUAUUAAAUCGUGCCAGGCGUCUUAGUACCGCAACAACUACACCCACCACAGCAGCUGGUUGCACUACCCGAGCAUCAACUGCGGAUCAACUAACACCAGCAGUAGCAGCGACUGCGAUCACUACACCUCUUAAAUCCAGGGAUAAUGUUGGCCCACCACCUCCCUAUGUUGUGUGGCAAUGUGAGAAUGCUUUAAGAUUUUUCAAAAAGGUCCAACACGAACUCAAAGACUAUUUGGGAGACUCAGUAAACGCCUCUCCAAAGACGUACACAGUCGAACCGAUAAACCUUAAAGGCGGUUUUAUAAAAAUAGAAGCACUCAAACGUAAUUAUCGACCUUAUUAUCAUCUCUUUAAGAAACCCACAAGCGAGUGGCCCAAAAUUGAAUUAACCCGAGAAGACGGUGCUUUUCGCUUAUCGCCCAAAAAGGAUACCACCAAAGAGGAUAAUAAACCGAAAGGCGAGGGUGAAAUAACUCAAUUGAAAGAUAACAAUAUGACACGUAAAUCUAGGUCCAGGUCAACGCAUAACAUCAAAAAGCCCCAAAGAAAUGAACUGCUCAAAUCACCUGCCAACUCACAGAAAAAUAGUCUUUGCAAGAACCAGGCACAACAAAAGGACUCCACGGACAAACAAUGUGGCGUUUGUGAGAUAUGCAAAAUUGAAUACGACGCCCUAACGAUACAUCUUAAGACAAAAGAUCAUGAGUACUUUGCCAAAAACUCGCAAAAUUUCAUUGCGUUGGACUCUUUGAUAACCUCUUCGGCCGAUGUCAACAAGUUCUUAGAUGACAAUCGAAAAUUGGAAACAAAAACCGAACUGGAAGAAAUGGAAGUUGAUCAAGAGGAACUAAACGACAAUGAAGUAGACCCAUUAGAGAAUUAUGAAGCCGAUGAGGCUGCCGAAGAGGAGGAGAAUUCACAAAAGUCGUGUUCCUUGUUGAGUAAACGUUCCAAGAGCUACGAGAGAAAGGCAAUGUUAAUAUCUCCUACGCUAAGAGAAAAAUCAACGCGGUCUACUAAGGGCAAACAUUCAUCGGAGAAGUUCAAGAAUAAUGCCAUCUCCCAUACUAGCACUAAAUCGCCAAAGACCCCUAGUCCGCAGAAACCACUGUCACUUCCACCGCUGAUUGUGAAAACCCCAACUACAGUCCGUAAAAAGCACUCCGGGUCCGCUUCAAAUUCUGCAAUAUCACCACCUAUUCGUGCCAUGCUGCCACCAAACUCCUUGUACAAAGUUGUAGAAACUCAUACCGAGGGUCCUUGUACUCCAACGAAAAAUAGACUUGGAGCAGCUGCUGACAGCACAGUAGCGGCAUCGCCAUCUAUAAUAGUAAAAUUUAAAAAGGUGCGCAAUACCGAAUUGCAAGUGUUAAACGGCGAAGCCGAAAACUUUAUGUUUCCUAAAAAACCUAGUGAUUCUAGUGAGCUGCCUACUGACGUCGAUAGACACACCAGUUCGGAGCGAGCUCAAAAUACUGCCUCCAUUUGUACAUCGUCAAGCACCUCUACACCUACGGGUUCGGCAUCACCUUCGGAAGACGAGAAUGAGGAGUACUUUGAAGAACGAUCGAAAAGGUCAAUGCCGAAUGGCAGGAAAGCUAUUGCCAAGGCUAAGCGGGUACUGCCGCAACAUACGAAGCGCAUAGUAACUGCACCUGUAAAUACAACGGAAUUUGGUAGAUUUUCCUAUCCGAAAACUCCUAUUCCAAGAGGAGGAGGUACAACUUCCAAACCCAAAGGCGAAGGUGGAAGGCAGAGCUUUCCAAAAGCCCCCAUCCAGCCAACUGAACAACUGAAGAAGACUAAAAAUGCACGCAAGGAUGUCGCUGCUGAUCCAAGCUCUGCUGAAAUCAUUGCAGAGACAGCUAAGAUUGUAUUUCCUGAAGCAACUCGUAAAAGUUCCAGAACGGCAACCGCCAUUGUGACAGCAGCAACAACAAGCACGCGACUCAUGCAAGCUGCUGUGGACGCGGCGAAAAAUAAAAGCAAGCAACAUCUCAUCACUCCCACAGCAACUGCAACAAAAGUGUCUGCCUCCGUCAAGGGAAUAAGAGGUAGACCGCCAAAGGCUCGCAGGGAAGAAGAAGACUCGGAAAAGGAAACGUCCGAAGAAAGACGUCAGCCAAGUAAAGAAGUGCAAAAACCACACAAGUCUGAGAUCGUUGAACAGGAGUCGAGAAGAUUGCGUUUUACAAGCCGUCAGUCAGUUGAUUAUCAUUUGGAGGAUAGGAUGGGGGAGGAGAACAAAAAAAGUAAACCAACGCGAAAUUCAUAUGCGAAUAUAACAACCAACCACAAAACCAAUAGCAAUAAAAUAAGAGUUAAGUCCAUAAUAUUUAAAAACGAACUUGGUGACGAAGAGGAAUACGAUGAUGUAUCCGUAGACAAUGAUGAUGAAAAAGACGAAGAUUUCAGGAUUAACGAAAGCAAAUCGAAGUCUUCCCCCAGGAAGUCUUUAAGUUCCCAAUCACAAAUACAACUGGAAAUUGCCACAGCAACCAAUAGAGUAUCCUCGAAAAGAGAAGCCCGACUAGCGAAGAGGCAAAGUCGGAAUAUGUCGGAAUUUUCUAGUGAUAUGAAACUGCAGCAGAAGACAGAAAAGACUAAAGUGGCGCCAGAGACUUCUGUGGAGGUUGCGGCGGUAUCUAAACAAGAGAAAAAAACGACUACAGGUACAAAAAUUGAAAGAAAACCAAUGGAUUCCACCAUCACUACCACUAUCCCACAAACUAAAAAGUCUCCCAUAAAAGUUUCUCCUGUUAAACAAGAGCAAUCAUCACCAUCUCGUUUUUAUGAUAUUACAAAAAGUGAACGCUUAAAAAUGUUGAGGUAUGCUUUCGAGCGACUACCUGAAUAUGAUUUAUGGUAUCGUGUCUACAAACGCCAGGACAAUUGUCAGGAGAAGUAUUUCGAGUAUUUUGGUUCUACAAAAUAUCGAAAACUGCCCUACGAAAUGGGGCCUAUACCUUUCGAAAUGUCACUCGAGGGUUCAAUGGGAUCAAAAAUCUGUUGUAAAUUAUGUCAGAAUAAGAAUAUGGUUAAACAGGACGCCGAGGCGAAGCAGAUUGCAAUGGGUGAUUCUCUAGAUGCGAAGACUAAAGCUCUCAAUGACAAAUUGGUAUCCAUAAAAAAGCAACGCGAUGACUCAAAUUGCACCUCCACCUCUGCCUCUGCCCAUGUCAAACAACAAGAACAUUCCAAAUUAUCAAUUUCUACAACGGAUUCCACUUCGCAGUAUACGCACAAGCACAAGAAACUGCAUUUACUGCAACGAUAUCGGCAAGAACAGGAGCAACAGGAGAUGUUGCAACGUCAAAAGCUGGAAGAACAAGUAGAGAACAGCAAUGCCCACAGGCUUGGAAAUCAAUCUGCUGAUGUGAAAAUGGAGUCUGUAACACGAGAUUCGUUGCGCAAUAGAGAAGAUAGGGCUGGUUCCACCCAUAGCAAUGCCAGUAGUUGUGCGAGUAGUAGUGCCACAUUUGGCAAAUCAAAGAGAAUGCAUAAAAAAAUGCUAAACAAGGCCGCAUUCAUGGCCCACUUGGAGUUGCCACCUCGAAAAUCUCCGAGGGAACAUGCCUCCACCCUAGCUUUGGUUAGUUGUAUUAUAAAUCAGAGGAAAGAUUCCGUUAGCAAGUCAAAUUCGGAUAUGGAUGAACCUGUUACGCCUACUGAGGAAGAAACUGUCAAUUUGCUUGCAGUAAAAGAGGAGCUUGACAAAGAAGUGGACAAUCAACUGAAGGCAAGCACACGUUUAAGAACACCACCUCCCGCACAAUCACAAACACCUGCCAGGGAAUCCCCUCUGCCGCAAGGCAGUGUGGUCGUAAAUUCGCCCCGCACUCGUUCCCAAGCGGCUACUCCCGUAGAAGAGCUUCGGUUUACAACCGAAAUUUCGGAAAAUGUCAAACGCAUGCGUAGAGGACGAAACAAAUACGACUACUCUCCACCAUUUGUGGCUCGUGUAGGCUCGGUUCGUACCUCUAAAAGCCGAGCGGCCGCUAAUAAUGUCGCUCUGAAUUUAUUUGGUAGAUAUUCUACGGGGAAUUCCAACUACGCUUCCCUAUCCAGGCAAAUAUCAACACCGUCUAAUGCCACAAAGAAAGUGCAACCACCAGUUUCGAAUGGAACAGGUGGUAGAGGUAGGGGCAGAUGGAAAUCUGCGGGUAUUCUUCGCAAUCCUUCCUCAAAGAAUAUGAAAAAUGUACCGCUUAUACGAAAAACUGGCACAAAGCGAGGAGUGCUUGAAUUUGAAGCUGAUACGGAUGCAUUAGAGGCAUUGAGAAAAGCCACUACAGAAUAUAAGAGCCCAAGGUUUCUGGAAUGGCAAAUCGACAAAUUCUUAACGUUAAUGGGUCCUGAGUAUGAUAAAGAUCUUGAAUACUAUGCUGCCAACAUUAAUGAAGAUCGACCCGCAACAACGCACGAUGAAGUAGGUCAAGUGGGAACGUCGAGCAGAAUGCGAUUGCAUAACAACCCUCCAACUGCUGUCAAUGUGAAUUCCCUUCAUAACACACCUCCCGCCACAGAUUAUUUUUCCAGCGACUUUGAUCUCUAUGAUUUGGUCUAUCAGGAUACAACGUCUGCACAUAAAGAUGGUAAUGGCGAUAAAUCAGAUCGCGAUCACCGGCCAAAGAAGUUUAGCAUAUUCAAUACAGCCCAUAUGCUGGGCUAUUAUCGCAAACGCAAAAAUCCAAAGACCAAUCGGACGGGUUGGCCAAAAGUCGCAAGAAAAAAAGCCGUGACUCGACAACAAUCAAAAACCAAUAAAAUUUAUUUCCUCCAAAAUGGUGUGGCCAAUGAGGAGAAUUUGGAAAAUAUAAUUUCUAUAAAAGAGGAACAACUUGACAAGCUCGAGGAGGAAUGCGAUCCAGCGCAAAACAAAACUAGAAGCGAUGGUGUUAUCACGCCACCGGAUUCCGAAGCGGAAAUGAUGGAGAAUGGCGUGAAAGCAGACGAAGAGGAGAGCUUAAUUAUGGAGGAAGAGUCCCAACUCGGUUUAAAUGAGGAUUCACAAACAGCCAACGAUGAUGACGAUGAAGAGGAGGAGGACGAAGAUAAUGAAACAAUGGCAGAUUCCAUAGAGGACGAGGUCAUUGCCAGAAAAGCAGACUCAGAGGUUGAAUUGGACGGAGCAGGCGAUGAAGAUGAGGACGAGGACAAGGAGCGUGAAGAAGACGACGACGAUCCUGAUGAGAUACCAGAAAUUGAAUGUAAAAAGAUAUCAAAAAAAUCGAAAAGAGCCACAACGAAGCACUUCCUAAGCCACGAAGACGAAGACUCCUAUGAACCUCAAGAAAAACGUCUUCGGUGCCUGGACGAGGCCUCCAGCAUAUGUCCAAUAGAUAAAUCACGUUCGAAUAAUUUAAGUCUGAAUACCGCCACAACCUCUGCACCUUGUACUCCAUUUAUGCGGGCUUUGCGGCGCACACCUCAACUCAACGGCAGUUUAGGGAGCUGCAUUAGCCCCAGCGAAAAGGCUGGUGACAAUUCUGAUAUCUUUACCGUUUCCUCCGAUGGCCUGGACACUGAUCUCGAUCUUAGCAAUUCACAUUCACAGCUAAGAAAUAGUAAUGCCGAUGAUGAUCAUCAGCACCACCAUAGCAUGCACCAGCAUGACCAUUUGACAAAUACGACCUUGAAUAACAGCACAGCUGCCACGCCAAAGCGUAAAUUUGAUUUAUCCAAAUAUGCCCCCACGAACGCAGCCUCUUGUGCCGCAGAAGCUGCCACUGCGGCUGUCAAAUCCUUGGCUAUUUCACAGUUUUUGAAAAAGGAAGUACGGGUCACAUGCCGCCGUUUGCGUGCUCCCUUCAGAAGGUUUCGCUAUCGCAGAUAGGGACAGGGUUAUAUUCUAAUACCUAUAUUUGAUUGAGACAAAAUGACUACAUCAUACUCUCGAGAAAAUAUUAACAGCCAAAACAGUUAAUGCAAAGUAACAUCGAAACUAAGCUGUUUAGAGGCGCCACGGCGAAUGCUGUAUGGUGUUGUGUGGCUAUAAAAACGAACAUUUUAUGUGUGAUACAAUGGGGUUUUCAUGUGAUUAAAUUUCGACUGAAAUUAUUGAAUAAUUUCAAUAACACAAAUAUGCUGCUAUACACUAUUAAAAAUAAGGUUUAGAAAAUUGAAACAAGAAAAAACAAAAAACAGAAAACAGAAAGAAAUUGUAUUUAUUUCGUUGCCAAAACAACAACAACAAGAACAGAAACAUGAUUAUUUCCAAAAACUAUUAUAUUUGCAUUAAUUUCUUAUUAUAAUUUUCAAAAAAAAAAAAAAACACAUUGUGCUAGAGCAAAAUAAGUUUUAUGGGACAAGGCAUACAUUUGGGUGAAAUGAGUAUAAAGGCUUCAUCAUUAAAACAUUUACAUUAACAAUAACUUCAAUUGAAUCUUACAAUUUCAAAUUUAGCACUUCUCGACACUAGUUUUUUUAUUUCCACCGGGGUAUUGUCUAAAAAAUGGUGCCUACGAGGUAGGCUACGGUGUAUGUUUUUAAAACGUUAGUCUAGUUUGAUAUAUCGUAGUUUAUGAUAAAAAAUGUAGCAUAUGUUUUUAUACCCACCACCGAAAGUUUAGCCAUUUUGGCAUUCCAUAUGGAACGCCACAUCUAAUUUUACAUUUUCAACGCUACAAAGUACUAGAUUUUCGUUAGUCAUAUAGGAUCUAGACAUGUCCGUUCGUCUUUUUGGAAACCACGAAACCACUCUAUAGUCUUACGUUCAAAGAUUUCCUAUAUCUUGAUAUAGCACCCUUUAUACCGAUCUCCCGAUCAGAGACCUUGAGUUCAGAAAGUUGUAGUUUUGCCCCGAUUUCAGGGAACAACCGCGCCGAGUUUGGAUAAAGCGAUCUCCCCAUUUAUACGUUUGAGCCCAAAAAUUCACUUUACUACCCCCCAUAUUCGCUGUUACAGUGAGUUGCAUGUACCCCUCAACAUCUGAGUAUGGACUAGAUCUGACCAUAUUUGUAUGCAGCUGUCACAUAGCCCUGAGUUCCGAUUGAAGGCAUUUAAUGCACAAAAGUGGCAUAUCCUACUCAGAAUUUACGAAGUUUCGAAGAAAUCUUUUAACAUUUGCACCAGUUACAGUCAAUAUCAGAACUCACGGCGUUUUUACUGAAAUUUGUCUCCUCGACAUCCAUGGUUUUAUUCUGCACUCUUAACGAUUACACAGAAUCGAAUUUUGGGUUAUGUGAACCUACCAAAAAUGGCAACACUGCUGAAGAGUCGUAGUUCAUUUGUUUGAAAAGCCUUCGGAAAUGGAGGCGGGCGUAAAAUUUAUUUCGGAGUGAUCACCCAUCGCUGAAAUAAAUUUUCAGCGGUAGGUAUCCCCUGCUUAUGCGGGCGACAUUUGUGAAGAACUGUACCAUUUGAACAAAUGGUUGUUGUUGUGGUUGUGUGUUGUACAUCGAGUCAAUGCGGUACGUACAACCGGCUGCCAUGGGAUUCCAAGCAAAUGGUGUAGCAGCUAUGUAAAAACUUCUCCCCAAAGAGGUGUCGAACUGGGGCACGCGCACAGUUUUGCCUCUUGGUAUAUUCGUUGGACAAAUAUAGUAAGAGUUAACAUAAAGUUCUAAAAUUUUGCACA